AUGGCGCAAGCUACAUUGUGGCGGAUUAGUGAGAUUCCAGAUCUCGUGAUCCGCAUGGCCAUAUCACUUAUUGUGCGGCUUGAAAGCCUGGUGGGAAGUGCGGUGUCAAACCUGGCGGUGGCAUUUGGGUACAGAAUGGCUCGCUUGGUGUCGCCAAGUGACAACACUUGA